ACAAGGGCACAUAACCCUUACAAAUUCGAGGGAUUUUUUGUUUACAAAAGGAGAAAAGUAUAAUUACUCGUUAUCGCAAUUUGCAAUUCAAGAAAAGUGUACUUUUAUUUUUACAAAAAAAAGCUUAAAAUUUUUUAGUAACGUAUAAUUAUUAAAAUCCACCAAUCCCGAGCUACUAAAUAUAAACAAGUUGGCGUGGUCUUUUAAGCGUCGUUUGUAGCGUCAGUUGCUUUGUGGUUUGUCACAUUUUGUUAAUUUCAUACGUAAUUUUGAAGAUGGUUUCCAAAGGAACAAAACAGGAAAAGUCUCCACAGAGAAGUCCUGUAAAGAGUUACAGAAAAUCACCCUCAAGGGCAGUCAAAUCCAAGAGCCCCUCACGCUUGACGACAAAUUCACCUCCGGCAAGUCCGAGACCGAGACGGUCAAUACGUCAGAGCCCUUCACGUACCACUACCUCUACACCAAAAAAAAGUCCUUCGAGACGAAGUCCCGCGCGAACUACUCCUAGUCGAAUUGACACAAACAAAAGUAAUGUACCUGACCGAAUAACACGUGCAAGUAGCAAAUCGCGUCAGGAAAUUGAAUCGGAAACGGAUGAUGAACUACCAUUGGCGGUCAGAGCUUCACCCAAAACGAGGGGACGACCGAAAAAAAUAAACACCGAAGUAAAGGAAUCACAGGUUGUUUUACAGAAUAUUAUCCCAAAAUUGAGAGAGGCAACGCCCGAAAUUGGUAGUUACAUAAACUUAAUGAGACGCUCAGCUACAAAAUCGUUUAGACAUGAGAUAGAUCAUAUUGAUCACCUGAAACGAGAGUCUUCUACAUCGUCCAUACGAAAACUGACUGAACUUUCAGACGAAGAUGAUAUCCAAACUGGGGACUUUAGAGAAAAGUCUGUUCGCAAAAGUGAACCCAAGCUUAUUGAUAAAAUUACACCAAACGAAUUUGGGCUGUUCAAUGCUUUUUUAUUUGUACUUUGUUUACCUUUGAUACCUCUAAUAUUUUUGGUAUAUUGUAAUGAGAAACAGUGCAACUUCACCGCGUCUCCAAAAUUUAAUUAUUCACGCAUCUCUACGUAUUUUGGUUUGAAAUCAUUCGCAAUAUCGCUAUGUUACAUUUUGCUUGUAUUUGUCAUUGGUGCGCUUCCGUUUGGUGGACCGAAAGUUAGCGGACUGCCUAAUAGGGGUAGCAAAUUGAAUUAUGUAAUGAAUGGGUUUUUUACUCUUGUUCUUGUUGGGAUUGUGCUAAUAUUGUUGGAGACCUUUACUGGUGUUUUAGUUAUUGAAAAUGUUUUACAAAACUUCUUUCAACACUAUGUAACGUUAACUGUACUUGGUGUUAUUUUAUCUGUAGCGUUAUAUAUUGGAAGUUUUUAUGUGCCCUUAUGUAACCUCAAGUCUGAUGUGCUGAUAAACAAUGCAAUUUACAACUUUUAUCAUGGACGAGACAUCAAUCCCAGAGUGUUUGGAGUUGUCGACUUUAAACUAUUCCUCUUUCGUUUCUUUUGCAUUUCCACCAUAAUCAUGAAUGCGGUUCUAUUUUAUAAAAGCGUUAGUUUCAAAGUACUCACUGACGGAGAUAUUGAUUACAAAUCGAUUAAAUACAAUGAAACUCUGGCCGUAUUCGCAGCAAUGCAAAUUAUACACCACACCUGGUGUAUCGUUUAUGAAUCGAGUUUUGUUACAACAUUCACUGCCCAAUAUGAAGCUGUUGGAUAUGAAUGCAUAGUUAGCCUGUUACUUGGCCCCAUAGUCGAAAUUGGAUCAAGUAAAUACAUCCUUGAUUAUGGUGUGACAUUGCCCAGGUGGCAGUUAAUUUUUGCCGGAGUUCUUUUUAUGAUUGGAUCUGUUUUUUAUCAUGGGAGUAAUACGCAAAAGCAUCAAUUUCGACUCAAUCCCUAUCAUCCAAAAGUAUCACAUUUGGAAUCUUUACCGAGCUCACAAGGACGAAAACUUUUGGUUUCUGGUUAUUGGGGUAUGGUGCGACACCCUAAUUAUUUAGGUGAUAUUAUCAUACAAAUGUCGUUUGGUUUAUUGGUCUACAAUGCAGUACCUGUACUGGUAUUCAUUUUUGACAUUCUUUGGAUCAUCAAUCGUAUAAGUCGAACCGAGUUGAAAUGUGAGCAGAGAUAUGGCAGUGCGUGGAAGAGAUAUUGUCAACGUGUGAAGUAUUCUUUAGUUCCAAAAGUUUACUGAUUUAUUUUUAAUUUCGCAUUUAUGUUGUGUGUUUUUUGGCAAUGUUUUAAUUAAGUUUAGUACGUUAGUAUAAAUGACAAUUUUCAUUUAAUGAAUGAGUUCAAGACAGACAGAUGUGUACAAUUUUACCAUUAUGCUUAAAUAUUGACAUAUUUACAUUGUACAUCUAAGUGGCGGAUUUAUGCUUCUAGCCACAGAACUUAAUUUCUUCCGGUGGGAAAAAUGUUCGUUUUUUGAGCUUAAUUUCUUGGGGAAAAAUGAAUAGGUACCUAUAGCCUUCCACUUGCUGAAAUCCCAAAAUCAUCAGCAAAUAGGGAUUAUUCGAUACGUGUUUAAUGGACCAAUUUGUGUCUUUUAUUUUAAACCUGAGGGAGCAUAAAGUUGUCUAUCCUAAAUUUUGACAAAGUUAUUUAGUACUUAGAUAAGAUUUGACUUGUGGUUGUGCCCACCCUGUUUCCGAACUGACGAGCUGUCACUGCUCUUUUCUACUCAUUGGGCCUGUUUAAAAGUUGUUCGUAAUUGUUAGUGGCAUUUAAUUCUAGUUUUUUUAUAUGCCUGAUAUUUGCUUCCAUAUACUAGUGUAAAUCAUGCCUGCACAAACAUGCAUUAUUAUUACUUGUUGUUGAUGACUGUUAUUUAUGCUAUGUGAACAAAAAAGUUGUAGCACAAAUUUUGUGUUUUUAUUUUCGGGUUACAACACACUUUUGUUUUUUUUAUGAUGCAAUUGAUCAUUUUUGAUUAUGCCAUUUAUUUUUCUGAAGUUGACAGACUCAAUUCACCUUUUCUGACAGUAAAAUUCCAUGCAAGCAAAUGUAUUCACAUAGGAGGUUAUUCAGAUAAGUUUAACGAAGUCUAGAAAAAUCAGUCCUUAGGCAAUUAAGCUAAAUCCGCCACUUGUCAAACUUUUAAAAAGCAACAAUUAUAACUUUAAAAUUUUUCUUAUAUACAUACUUUCAUAUUGUUUGUUGAAUUUCAAAACAAGAAAUGUACACAAAACUCCAAGGACAUAAAAUUAUUUUAGUGUAAUAAAUUCAAAACUAUUUCUUGUAACUAUGUUGUAUAUAAGAUCACACGUGUAUUUUUUCGUAAGAAGAUUUAUAAUGUGUUUAAGAAAAGUCAACAACCGUUCAUAUACUUAAUCUACAAGUUAUCACCAAGUGAAUUAGUAUAAACACUGGGUUCUUGACCGUUUGCAAAAUUACAACAGACACAAAUUGUAAAAAUGCUAGGAUAUUUUUGGAUAAUUACAUCACAUGCUUGUGUGCAUGGUUCAAAUGAAGUUAAGAAUUGACCCUCAGGUGUCUCGGUGCAUGAGAUCCAUCUCAAGUCAUUUUUUUUUAAAUCUCGGAAUGUUCAACUAUUUUUAUAUUUAAUACAGGGCGUGUGAGAUAAGUAUGUCAAAACUUAUUGAAUGGUAGAGAUUUUCCCAAAUAAACACAAAUGUUGUUAACAGUUGAAAUGAAAUUGAAAUGCUUCAUGUAUUAAAAAUACCCUCUAUUUACCUUUUUCUCUUUUGACAUACUUGUUAAACCCUCUGUAUGUGUGCAGUAGUGUAGAAAAAUCAGUGGAGUGUUAAACAAAUUUAAGUGGACUUGUUAUCAUCUUUGUUACAUUGUAAUUCUUCCGUGUAAUAAUA